AUGCACGGACUCGCCGGUUGUCGACCAUUGGAAGAUAAGACUCAGGAGUUGGCCAGGACAAGACGUGACCGUCCUAAGCCAACACCGCAGAACCGCAGUGUAUUCCACCAACUUGUCCAAUUAGUCUUAACCCAUGUUUUCCCCUUGGCGUUCGACCAAGACCUCCUCUCUCCAUUUGCCCUGGUAAUCAAUCAAAGAACUUCUACAUUGGUUGCAACUGUCAUUCUUUCUUACCUCACGAGAAACCAAUCACCGUCAGUAAAAGACUUCCAUCUGUCUGUCACAGUUCACAACUGUAAUAUGAUUAGAGGCAAUAGGAAUUAUUGCCUACCGUUUCACCAAUAG